AACUCCCUUGCUAUAAUCAAACCCAGAUCCCCUUAAAAACCCAAAUAGUCUUAAUAGUCUUUGCUUUCACACAUCUUUGUUAUCUGUGUGUAUUUUUUAUUGGGUACUUUCUGUUUUCUUAUUGUUGGAACUACAUGGAACUUCAACUGGGUCUCGCUCUUCCCUGCAGCAAUCCUACUUCCAAGGCGUUUGAUUUAAAUUACUAUGGUUUUGAGGCUAAUAAAAAGGAGGUAGAUCAUGUUAUUGGUCCAUGCUAUACUCCUAGCUAUGAAGAUAUUAAUGACAUCAUCAACAUCGACAACAACAACAAACGCAGUUUUGGCCAAGCCUUUGAGAAUAGUACUAGAGAUAGAGUUGUGCCUCGAACGCUUCCUUUGUUGCUUUGGAACAACAACCAGCCAAACGAGGAGGACGACCCUAAAGACCUCGAGAAUCACUCUUUAUUCGCUGCUAACAAGAAUGUUGGGGAUGGAGAUGGUGUUGUGGGGUGGCCACCGAUUAAGUCAUGGAGGAAGAGGCUUUGCCAUGAGAACCAAGUUGAUAGAGCAUGGAAUAAUAAUCAAAUGGUUGAGAAUGGCUAUGUUUGUGGAGGCAGAAGAGCAUCAAACUCCAUGUACGUGAAGGUGAAGAUGGAAGGAGUUGUGAUUGCAAGAAAAGUUGACUUAAGUCAGCAUCAUUCUUUUGAAACACUCACUGACACCUUAAUGGACAUGUUUAGGAAGUGGUCGGAAGCUUGUGAGAAAAAUUCAAACAAUUAUAAGCUCAUUUAUCAAGAUAGGGAAGGAGAUUGGCUAUUUGCUCAGGAUGUACCUUGGAGGACUUUCAUCCGGUCUGUUCAGCGUCUCAAAUUGCUGAAGAGCAGUGAUUGAUUCAACCGUGGUUGUCCUACUCGGCCAUUCUUACGUGUUUUAGUUCUUUCUACAUUUUUUGUUUUUUUUUUUUUUUUUGCUCUAUCUACCAUAGUAGACUCAUAUAGUCUCUAUUUUAUGAAUUUUGGAAGAAUGUGAAUAUAGUUUCUUUAGAAACAUAUAUAACAUCCUAACUAGCUGUAUAACCUUAUGGAUAUUCGACUAGAAAAAAAAAAAAAAAAAAAAAAAAAAAAAAAAAAAAAAAAAGGUAUAACGUAUGGAAAACCGUUUACCCCUAGUGA